GCCAGCACAGACACACAGAGAGAAGACAUGGGGAGAGGAGGAGGACCCAGCCAUGUUUGCACACAAUCCGGGUGCUUCUCCUGAAAAUGCAUGGAAAGGCAAGAGAGCCAGGAUUGCUUAACUCAGCUAGGAUUUCCUGGGCUAUAUGAUCAGAGGCUGAGGAAUGCCAGAGCUAAUCGGAUCCAGAUGUGCCUACUUGGCAACCUUUUAUCCAAACGUUACCGAAGGGAGAUGCAAUGCUACUAACAAGAUUGCACUGGAUGUAAGUACCAAGCCUUUCGGUUUGUUCAGGGAGCGUUCUGCACGGACCCAUUUGCAAACAGGAGCUGGCCUGCCCUCCAGCUUUAACCUAAACCUCUCCCCCCCUCCCUGCGCCUGCGUUAGAUUUCUCAUUGCCAUUCAUGAGCAGCAAAUGAGCUCUCCUCCUCCCCAGUCUGCACAUCUGGCUCGCUCACUGCAAGAGGCAUACCUUACCUGUGUCGGCUAGACGGGGAGACUGUGCAAAUGCUGCAAUUAAUAUAUAGGGAGGGGAGAAAGUUUGUGCAUGCGGCUUUUAUUGAGAUCCUCCUGCACAGAUUUUCCAUGGGGGGGGGGGAGAGAGAAGAGCCAAGGUUGGUGGCAAAGCACAUGCUCUGUCUGCGUGGCAAGAUUCCAGAGUCAAUCCCUGGGAAAAGAUCCCCUUUCUGAGAUUCUGGAGAGCCACUGGCAGUCAAUAUAUUACUGAGCUGCAUGGGCCAGCUUCCUUCUACUAUAUACAGUGGUACCUCGGGUUAUAUAUGCUUCAGAUUACAUACGCUUCAGGUUACGGACUCUGCUAACCCAGAAAUAGUGCUUCAGGUUAAGAACUUUGCUUCAGGAUAAGAACAGAAAUUGUGCUCCGGCAGCACGGUGGCAGCAGGAGGCCCCAUUAGCUAAAGUGGUGCUUCAGGUUAAGAACAGUUUCAGGUUAAGAAUGGACCUCCGGAAUGAAUUAAGUACUUAACCCGAGGUACCACUGUACAUGCUAUGGAACCGGAGAGCAACCUCAGGACCAGGAUGCAGCACUUUGGACCUCUCCAGCUGGUCCUUGGGACAUUCAUCCCUGAGACAAAGGCCUUGUUUGCCCCCUCCUUGAGUGCUUUGCUGACUGGAACACAGCCUUGAAUUGUGACCCUGUGUCUUGCUUGCCUGGAAGGAUGGAUGGAGAGGGGUGUGUGGCUUAAAUAGAGCUUAUGCUAUGUGCAUUGCUCGGUCCAUUGUUGCCUUUGGCCCUGCCCUCCGAUGGCAAGCAGCCCCUGGGUGGUUUUCCAUGAAAGUAUGUGGCCCUUGGGUUGAAAACAUUUUCCCCAUUGCUGGGUCCUAUGCAAUUAAUCCACACACAUCCCUCCAUCCAUGCUGAACAACCUGAGCACGGCAGCACUCUGCCCUGCUGUGGUGCUUCAGGAACUGUAUUCAGAGGCAUGUCACUCUUGAUCCUGCAGACAGUAUACAGUGCAGGCAUCCGAACUAGCAGUCAUUGUUAGCCUUAUCCAGAUGUUCAACAGCAUCUGGAGGGCCACCUGCUUCUCUUCCAGGGUGAGCAGACUUCAGGCUUCCUUUCUCAUGCUCUAGAAACAUGUUCACUUAUCAGUAAGGUCAAGCCUCUGGGCAUGUGCAGAGCCCUUUCUAAAUAAGCCAGAGCACUAACCUUGCAAUUUUUGCUCCCAGAAGCGAAGGCACUAUAAAAGUGCUUGUAGAGGAAUUUGGGCAGUAGGCACAGCAUAUCUUGCUUUUUUAUGGAAGGGCUGUUGCAAUACAGAAUUCUUCCCCCUGCUAGGGGCAGUGAUGAUAUGGGGAUGCUGGCAUUCUGCCUGGCAUUCAGAUGAUGUCAGUUAAAGAGUUUACUUUUUGAUUUCUGGCAGUUGGGGAAGAAUACAUAGAAAGCCUUUACUAGUAGAGUGGACAUUUUUUGUUUUAUGAGUUUGUUUUUGCAUUACCACGAUGGUUUUCUGUGGCGGCCUGCCCAUCAAGACAGCUCUCAGGACAGUCUAUCCAGAGCCUGCAUUUUUCGUGGAACCUGGCAUCCACCCAAAAGACACGUUGGAAGGAGUCUGGCUAAACAAGGAGAAAAAUGGGCUUUAGGGUUAUCGCCUGGAGCUCAGGAAGGGAAUCUUGAUGUUGUUGUUGUUUAGUCAUGAAGGAGAUCUUGAUGUUGACGGGAGGCAAAAGGGCCAGUCAGAGAGCAGGUUUGUAGUGAGAACAGCAGGGUCACUGGGGGAGUUAAUGCCAGAAUAUAAUUUAUUCUGUAGAUAACAUAUUUGUUUCCAUUUCCCGAGCUCCCUUCCCUUCCCCUCCAAAUCUCGGAAGGCCCCCAAAUGCCCCUCCCGCUAUGAGCCAGAUAUGCAGAGUCAUGGCAGAGCAAAACAUCUGGAUCUGCUUCAUUCCAUCAUUCUCUUCCUUCUGGGAUUUCCUGUUGCACACAGGAGAACCAAAGUGGCUGCCUUACAUUUUUAUCUUUGCACGGUGAAUGGCGUCCACCUGGCUGGGGUGACCAUGUGUCUUACUUAAUAGAGGAGAGCCCUAUGUUUCAGAGUGGGCAGGCUUCAGGCUUGCAGGAUUUUAUCUCUCUCUUUUUUUACUAGUUCCCUGAAAUCCAGUAUGUGGGGGUUGGUGCAAAAGAAAUACACUUAGAAGGAAAGAAUUCUGAGCUUAGCAGUUUGUUUUUGAGUAUCAGGAUUGCAUUAAGUUUGCAGUCCAUCCACCCAGAAAUCGAUUCUGGGUUACCCCAACUUUUUAAAUUUCAGCAGUAGAAUUUAGCAUGCAAGUGAGGGAGGGGGAGGUAAUUUUGCUGCUGUUAAACAGAUGUUUUGUCUUUUGAAUGAUGCUUCAUGGGUCUCCUGUCCCAUAAGUAGAAGAAGUUACGGGCUCUGAACCAACCAGAUUUUAUUGACUUUCGCAAAUUAAGCUGAUGGCUGGUCUAAAUAUUGGCAGGCUUGUAUCUGUAAGUCAUGGAAACAGCAGAUUUCCAUCUUGGACCAGGCUUAUUCCAAGGCCUGAGUCCAUGAAACUAAACAGAGAAAAGCAGCCAGAAAUUCUCUCUAAGGUUGCCAUUAGCAUCUCAGAUCUGAAAUAAUACUGGGCCAAAUUUGCAUGAAAACAAGUCAGAACUUAAUUGGAGCCAGGAGUCAACAUUGCUGGGCUCUGGAAUCAGGGUCACAAAGUUGCAUCAUGUUCCAGAAAACGCUUGGAUGUAAUAUCCGGGGCAGGAAAGAUCUUUUUGAGCAUAUACGGAGUUCUUACCAUUCGCCAUAGUGUCAACCCCACACCCAAUCUCCUGUCCCUAUACUGACACAACUUAUUAAGAGAUUUUGUACUGCUACAUCUUUUGGGACAAGGUCUAAACAGGAAAAACCUGAUUUCUUGACAUACUGUUUUAUUUAUUAUUUAAAUAAUUUGUAUUCCACUCUCCAGCUAAAAAAAGAGAGGCUCCCAUAGCAGCUUACUGGUCACUUAAAAAAAAGAAGAGACAAUAAAAAAGACACCAAACAAAAGGAAAAUGGAUUUCUAGGAAGGAGGAAAUCAAGAAAACUUGGGAACAAGUUUGAAGCUUUACUAAAACGUAUGUAUGAAAUUGUGAGGAAACUUAAACUCGGAGCCCCCAGUGCAGACCCCUCAUGCCAACUCUGGUUGAGACCACCAAUAGCUGGAGCUAGUAAAACUGUACACCAGCAAUGGUUUGGGCCUGACUGAAUCCUUUUAUACCAGGGCAGACAGUGACACUUACUCUGGCUUUCCCUCCUCAGUCAACUUGUAGGGUUUAAACUUUAAAAGAGGAUCUUUGUGGUAGAGGGUUCCAAUUUAUGGGUGCCCUUCUUCAUGAGGUGCACGUGUUUCCCUCAUUAUUAACAACUGGGCAUUUGAUGAUUCAAAUAUUCUCAAAAGCCUUGAAAUUAUUCACUGUGCCUUUUUGAAUGUUUCCAGAAGUUUUAAAAUGUAUUGAAUGGUCUUCAACAACAACAAAAACCAGUGUUUUGAUAUUUUGUGGUUUAGCAUCCUGGACUCCUUUGCAACAAAAUGUAGAAGAGAAAUUUAACUAACUAAAUGUGCUACAGACUCUACCCUGACCUCCUGUUUCUUUUCUCCGCAGAUGGAUGUAGUCUAUAGACAAUUCCCCUAACACAAUACUGCAUGUUUCUUAGUGGAACAUUGUUCUGGGAACAAUGAGAGUUCAAUUCAAGGCUGAUGCCAUUUGCACACUCGUCCUCGUGGUCGUCCUUUUCACCAUGCUCUAUUCUCAACUGGGCCACACUUCCCUUAGAGAAGAAAAGGUGAAAGGUCAGAAGCCACCAUUAAUGGCGACACGUAGGGUCUUCCACGUUCCCAUCGCCCUCCAGAAACAGACUGCAGUGGAGAAGGCUAAAAUGAUUUCUUCAAUGAAACCUGGCGAGGGCGGAAGCCAAGAUGCCAUGGUCACUACUCUGCCCCCCUUGACGCAGCCUGCUUUUGAUUUUAAGCGUUACCUGAGGAACAAAGACAACCGGAAGUUUGACCUUCUCAUUAACCAGCCAAAGAAAUGCAAAAGGAACCCAGGGGGCCCCUUCUUGCUCAUCGCCAUAAAGUCACUGGUAGAGGACUUUGACCGCCGGGAGAUUGUACGGAAAACUUGGGGAAGAGAAGGGCCAGUCAAUGGGGCGCAGGUGCAAAGGGUUUUCCUCCUGGGGGUCCCAAAGAACAAAACGGCGCUGCCAGCGUGGGAGAGUCUUGUUCACCAGGAGAGCCAGAUGUAUCGCGACAUCUUGUUGUGGGACUUCCUUGACACUUUCUUCAAUUUGACCUUGAAGGAGAUACAUUUCCUAAGCUGGGCUCGUGAGUUUUGUUUCAGUACUAAGUUCAUAUUCAAAGGCGAUGCCGACGUCUUCGUCAACGUGGAAAACAUUGUCAACUUCCUGGAGAGGCGUGAUCCAUCCGAUGACCUAUUUGUUGGGGACAUCAUCUAUAAUGCGCACCCAAUCCGAACCCGCAAGAGCAAAUACUACAUUCCGGAGACAAUGUACGGGCUCAGCAUGUAUCCAGCCUAUGCUGGGGGUGGCGGGUUCUUACUUUCCAGCAGCACCAUGAAGAAACUCUCUCAGGCUUGUGGGGAGGUAGAACUCUUUCCUAUUGAUGAUGUCUUCCUAGGCAUGUGCUUACAAAGAAUCAACCUGAAGCCCACCUUGCACGAAGGGUUCAAAACCUUUGGAAUAACCAAGCCCUCUGCUGCUCCAAACUUGCAGACCUUUGAUCCUUGUUUUUACAAAGAUCUCAUGGUAGUCCACAGCCUGAAGGGAGCUGAAAUCUGGCUAAUGUGGAACCUGCUGCACAACCCACGGCUCUCUUGCACCCAAAAGAAGCAUGUAAAGAAGGCUUUCCGGUGGAAAAUCAAAACUAAAGAGCCUACCAAAGAUUCUGCGACCUAAGGAUUGACUUGCAUGAGUGAAUGAACAUCACACAGGCCUAGCACUGCUGAUGCGACUUGCACAUUAUCCAACAUUGCUUGAAACCUACAGUGUUUUAGGCGGAGAUAUCAAGUAAUGGAAAUACUUGUUUAAGCCAACCAUAAUUUCUACACUUGUGUUAGUGGGGAAAGUAUAUGGAGUGGAAUCCAAUGUAGUUCUCUUUGUUUGCUCACAACUAGUUUGCAACCACAGAAGCAGCCCUUAGGAACAUAGGGGCGAAGCAAGCUGUCUUCUACGAAGUCCAACCAGUGGUUCCUCUAGUUCAGUAUUGUCUACACUUAACAAGCAUAACUCUCAGAGGUCCAAACAUACGGAAUAUGUAUUCUCAGAAUAUGCUCAAAGAAAGCCUGCAAAAUUCACCCAUGUGAAUAUGUAUGUUUAGAAAGGUCUGCAAAGGUUGUAAAGAGUACAGACUUUGCUAUACAUGAAGUCCCAGAUUUGAUCCCUCAAGAUCUUCAGAUAGGUCUGGGAAAGACCUGUCUGAACCCCUUGUGAGUUGCUGCCAGUCGGUAUAGACAAUACUGAGUGAGAUGGAGCAGUGCUUUGGCUCUGAAUGAUGCCUGCUCAUGCUGCCAGAUUUAUUUGUUAGGAAUAAUAGAGCAUUGAGAGGAAGGUCCACUGUUGCAGGGCCAUUCUGAUGUAAAUGCCUAUAGAAAGAGCUUGUUUAUACAGACACCCACUCAACUUUGUUCACAUAUACCUAAAGCUAUUACAAGGACAAUCUAAAACACUGCAUUUGAAUGUCCUAUGUUGUGGUUUCACUACAACACGCAAAUCAAAUUACUCUGACUCUGUUUUCAUUUGUGUACUCUGCAGUUUGCAAAAAAAAAGGAAACAAAAAUCAUUUCACCUCCUAGCUCAUCAAAACCUCCAUAAAUUAUGUUCAAUCUCAAUGCAAAAUGCAGGAGGAUAAUCUUUAAAAGUGCCAAAUUUAAAACAGCAGUUUAGGAUCUGGCAGGGAGAUAAAAGACAGUGUGCGUAGACAUUUUGGUGUAAUCAAGGUGGACCCAACCCUGUUCCAAAAAUGUCUGUUGCUUAAUUUAUUGGACUUUCAAAUGUUCCCUUCAGAGUGUUUACCAUUUAAAAGCAGAUACAACCAACACAGGACAAUAUAAUCCACAACGAAUGCGGCUUCUCUCAGAUGAAACAUCAGAUGGAAGCCUCAGCUUGCAGCGGAUGUUAAAAGAUCAUGGUGCAUUAGAUCCUGGAUCCUGUACAUCACACAUGUUCUAAAAACCGAUCUUGGCCAGGUUCAGCAUAUGCAUUUCACAGUUGCACUUUCUCUGAGUUUGGGGCAAGAAUCUUUCCCAGCCCUAUCUGGCUCAGCAGCUUUCCAGGGUUUCAGGCAGGAGACAAUUCCCAGUCCUAAUUGGAGAUGCCAGGUAUUGAACCUGCAUGAAAAGAAAGUUCUCUACCACCAAUCUCUGGUCCUUCCCAGACACUGGGAAACACCCCAACACAGGGAGCUGCCUAUUGGUCCACCUAACUCAGUAUUGCCGACACUGACUGGCAGUGGCUCUCCAAGGUUUCAAACACUGAGUCUUUGCCAGCCUUCUUUGGAUAUGGCUGGGGAUUCAACUCGCAACCUUCUGCAUGCAAAGCAAAUGCCCAGCCUCUGAACUACAGCUUUUUAAAAGCUAUGAUUUAUGGUUUAUUGUGAUUUGUAAAUGAAGUCACUACUUUACUUACCUGUAUAUAAACAUGAGGCAAAAUGAAGACAGAUCCCUUGGAUUGUACAAUUAGUCGGCUCCCUUUCUGGUCUUAAAAAGUCACUCAGGGCUAAGGCACAAAUUGAGAAGUGUAGUGGACUCUAGAAACACAAAUCUCAUUCAGAACAGCAGAAGGCAUUUUCUUUGUCAGAUCCGACACCAAUGCAGUAGUUCAGGGGAGAGUGGGAACAGAAGAGAGUAUCUUCAAAGAGGGUGUGGCUGGUUGGUUGGCACAUUCUCUCUCUCUCUCUCUCUCUCUCACACACACACACACACACACACACACACACACAUCUUACUGCAGCAUUUUGCUGCAGACCCAUUUGAUGUCUCUCUGGCUUCUAUUUGAACUCAGUGAGGAAUCCUAAUAUAUUCAUUGCUGUAAGCACUUAGCGAAAGAAAAAACCCGCAACCAUCUUUCAAAUUAUUGUUUGAAAGUGAUAAAUCCCCACCGUGACCCUAUCAAUACUGAAUAUAGAACAAAAGGUUUUAUUCAGGAAGACAGGCUAGCACCAGCAAUUGAAAAUCUGAUCACAGCUUGAUUAUUUCACUGCAGAGAAAAAUCUGUUUCAAAUUAGGGGGGAAAUUGUUCCUGGAAGAAGCGAUACCGAGCUAGGCUGAUGGUAAGAGCAGGGCAGCAGGGAGGGAAAGAGAACAAACAACACCAAGGGAACUGGAACAGCUUACCAUACUACCCCACAGGACCAGACCAGCUGAAGGGGGAAGGAAAUGGCCUGCAUGAGGAAGUAAAUAGGAUCUGUAGGGGCAUCGCUCCUCUCUGCAAUUCAUGCCACAUGCAGUUUUUGUUCAUGAGCCUCUGUGAUCCCAUCCAACUUGCUAACACAUUGAGUGACUGUGGUGAAAGCAAGUAAGUUGCUGUUGACGUACGCCAUUGCACUGUUGCAUAUGCAUGUCAAAGGCACAGCUCCCUUUACUUUGAAAGAUGACUGCUUGAAAUGUGGAAAAUCUGCUUUGCAUGCAGAAAGUGCCAUCCAAUCCUCGGCAUCUCCAGGUAGGGUUGGGAAUCUCCCCUGCCUGAAGCCCUGGAGAGUUACUGCCAAUCUCUGUAGACUAUACUGAGCCAGGUGGACAGAUGGCCUGAAUUAGUAUAUGGCAUAUUUUCAUUGUUCCUAUGUUAUUAAAACACUAUUAUGAAGUAUGAGAAAGUGACUGACAAUUGCUCUUAAUCAGGCUGGGGUUUGUUUUGCAUUUUCAUUCUUGACUAUGUACACAAGCAGACAUACCCUUUCCCUGAGAAUCUUGCAUGUUCUCCAUCCAAAUAUUUAUCUUUCACUCCUACUGAAGUGGCACACCUGAAGAGCCUGCCAAGCAAUUGGUAGGGAUUAAAGAUUAUGAUAUUAGAUUUCUUGAAGAGGUUAGCUUUGUCUGUAAGUAAGAUGCUGUGGAAAUACUUAGGGGACAAUACUGACUGAUUAGGGAACUCAGAUUAGUUAGG